CCGGGGUCGCGCGUGAAAUAGACCGGGGCGCUCGUGCUUUGGCUGGAACGAUGCGCCCAGGGACAAGAAGAGCCCAGGAACACGCAAGCGGCGCGGGAAAAGCCCUUGCCCGUUUCACGUAAACCGGAGGACGAGGCGGACGCUCAGUCAUUUGUGCUCCGGACCCUCUUUGACCGUCACCUGCUCUUGCAAGUGCGCGAGGGGAGGGGCGACUCCGGGUCGGGAGCGGCUCUUCGGCGUCCAGCUUGGGGCGCCCGCUCUCGUCACUGCAGCUGCUGACCGGGCAAGCGCCGUGCAGCGGGCAGACGCGCCAGGCGACGACGGCUGCACGGCUUGCUAUGGCCCAGGCCAAGGUCGGCAACGCCAAAAACACCGGAGGAGGAGGAGGAGGAGGCGGCGAGGCAACCCAGCAAGCGGGCGCGGGUCAGCAGUCCCGAGGUCGCUUCUUCCGCUCCACCUCCAUGGCGGACCGCUCCAGCCGCUUGCUUGAGUGUCUGGACCAGCUGGAGCGGAGAGUUGAAGCUUUGCGUGAUGCAGCAGCUUCAAUGGAACAAGAAAAAGAAACUCUUCUGGAAAUGAUCCAUAAUAUACAGAACAGCCAGGAUAUGAGGAAUAUUAGUGAAGGUGAAAGAGAAGAACUUAAUCUGACUGUCAAGCGCCUUAUGGGCCGAACCAUCACAGUUGAGGUUUCGGUAGAAACCAUACGAAAUCCUCAGCAGCAGGAAUCCCUGUUGCGGGCUACCCAGAUGAUUGAUGAAAUAGUCAAUAAACUCUUGGAUGAUUUGGAAGACUCAAAGAGCCGGUUAAUAUCACUUUACGGCGCUUGUACAUCUGAGACACCAUCAGGACCUGUUGAUCAAAAAUUUCAGUCUGUUGUAAUUGGAUGUGCCAUAGAAGAUCAGAAGAAAAUUAAGAGACGGGUAGAGACUUUGCUUAGAAAUAUAGACAACUCUGAAAAGUCCAUCAUGCUUCUAGAAAACCAAAGAACAACUUCAAGGGAACCAUGCAACAAUGGAAAAGAUUAAAAGCUUUUGAUUCCCAUUAUGAAAAAGUAAAUGUUUUCUUAAAAUAUACAAAAGCAAAGAAAUGCUGCCAUUUUAAAAUAUAUCAUGCAUGGUCUUGUUAAUACAGAUUACAUGCCCAGAAACUGAAGGGAGUUUAUAUACCUCUUGUACAAAUCCUGAGGCAUUCAGAAACAAAGAUGGAAGAAGAUAGUUCUGGGAAAAAAACCCCUUACAUUCCUCUGAGGGGAAAAUAUGUCUGCUUCCAUUAAAAAAAAAAAACCCACAAACCAACGAACUCUAAAGCGUCUGCAUAAAGCACAUCCUGUGGCAACUACAAAUGUUAGGCACCGUAGAAGCACAUAAACACAUGAAGGUUCUGUACUUUUUAUCCUAUGCUUUUGUUCCUUUCAACAGGCUGGCUAGAAUCUUCUGCCUUCCAUGCCUUCCUGUUCACAGAAUACAUCUUUAAAGGGCUUGGUACACUGAAAUAAGUAACUAAUGCCUUAUUUGAGAGAAUGUAGGCAUUUCAUAUCCAAAGGAUAACUUUUUUCAUAAAUGGUAUCCCAUUUAUUCCUUUUAGUACCAUAUUGAUUUUAGGCCUUAGUAUCCAGUUAAUCCCUAGAGAUAAUUUAGCAAUAUCUGUUUUGUUCUUGGAACAAUUAAUCUAUCAUAGACAAUUCAAUUAGAUUGUAUUCCGCUUUAGUGAAUAAAUCUGUUUAAGAAAGAUGGUAAGGUGGAAAAAAUGCUAUAGUAAAUGCAAACAAAAUUUAUAUGUACUUCCUUGUUACUGAAUAUUAAGAAAUAAAAUAAAUCAUGCUCCAUGCAUUAAA